GCCAGCACAAUAGGAGGCAGACGCCAGAUGACAGAAACCACCCAACAGGAUUAUACUUCAUUGGAAACAACAGAAAAAUCUUUUCCUGUUUUCAUGGCAACAGCACAACAAAUGCGGACCUCUGAGAAACAAGUAUCUGGGUGGAAUGCAAUAUUUCCAAAUGAUGUAACAACACAACACCAAUCCCUUGUUUUCAUUAAGAGAAUGAUGGCUGUGGGAGUAUCAUGCAUUACAUAUCUACGUGGGAUAUUUCCUGAAGAUGCCUAUAGAACACGAUACUUAGAAGGCAUGUGUGUAAAAAUUCUGCGUGAGGACAGUCGUUUUCCUGGAGCAUCUAAAGUCGUAAAGUGGAUGAUGGGAUGCUUUGAUGCUUUGGAAAAAAAAUUUUUACGAACAAUAAUCCUGGGAGUUCACAGAGAUCCUGAGGAUCCAAAUAGCAUAAUUGAGUCUUACCAGUUUAAGUUCAAGUACACGGCAGAUGGACCAAAGCUGGAUAUUUUAAGCAAAAACAAGCAAGUAAGCCUUCAAGAUACAAAGAAAGCCUCCAUUUUGCUCAUCCGUAAGCUGUUUGUCUUGAUGCAAAGCCUAGAAAUUCUUCCUAAUGACGUGUCUCUGACAAUGAAACUGUUCUAUUAUGAUGAAGUGACGCCUCCUGAGUACCAGCCUCCAGGGUUUAAACAAGGUGAGUGUGAUGCUGUGUGGUUUGAGGGAACUCCAGUCCAUUUUAAAGUUGGUGAUGUGCCGACUCCAUUCCAUAUGAUGAAAGUGAGAGUCACCACAGAGAAAGAAACAAUGGAACAGCUGGAGAAGGAGAACAUACUAAAUGAGGAAAUCAAAACUUCAGUACAAGGAAUGGAGGAAGUCAAAUCCACCCCGAACGACAGAGAUUCUCCGUCCUACCAAAAUAUUACAGCCCAUUCUGAACUCCAGAGGAGUGUGACUAAUGAACAGUCAUUUAGUGAAUCAGACAAAGAGAUAAAGCAGUUGGUUGCAAAGGCAGCAGAGCUGGAUGUAUCAGGCAAAAGAUUAAAGCUUAGAAAAGUGUUGACGCAAAAAAAUGACUCGCAGGAUAAUGACAUAGGAUAUGAGGAACCUCAAAAGUUGAGCACUACACAGAGUAUAAAAGCUGUUCGAGCUAAAAAGACUCUCUCUGAACUUAAUCAGGCAACAUGUGAUUCUGCUAUGCUUCAGGAGAAGAUCACAAAGCGAAGGAGGAAAAAUUGAAACGUGCUUUCACAAUAUUGGGCACAAUGCAUGAUUCGGGACAGCAUUACUUAACCAUUAAUUUAGUUAGAUUUUUAAUAUAUUGAACU